AUGGUUCAUAUUCCACGGAGUUCGAGCCAAAGAGGUGGCGGUGUAGGUAUAUUGCACAAAGAUACUCUUGACUUGAAAAUUACUGAAACUGUGAACACUUUCGCCUCAUUUGAAUGUAUUGAACGGCUUCUCAAAUUAGACUCCACGUGGAUAAGAGUUGUUAUAGUUUACCGACCUCCUGUUUCAAGUGUAAAUGCCUUGAGUGUAUCCAUGUUUUUAAGUGAGUUUUCGGUUUAUUUGGAAAAUCUAGUGCUGUUACACGUUGAAGUCCUUAUCAUGGGUGAUUUUAACUUUCAUACGGAUAACUUGACGAACCAUAACGCUUGUGAGUUCUCAAAUUUAUUAGAUAAAUUUAUUAUGUCACAACAUGUUAGUGAACCUACUCACCAGUCUGGUAACACACUAGUACUUGACCUACUUAUAAGGAGACAAGAUUCGAACUUAAUAAAUGGUAUAUGUGUCCACACACCUUGGAUAAGUGAUCACAGUAUUGUGCAGUUUAAAACCAACACAAAGAAACCGAGUGUUGCUCGGAAAACAAUAUCUUAUCGACGAUGGAAAUCACUUGAUGUAAACCGUUUCGGCAGAGUAUAGAUGAUAUUGACAUUCAAUCUGUCAACUCGCUUUCUGAUCUUGCUCUGUUGUACAACUGUGCUUUACGUGAUCUUUUAGAAAACAUGUUCCCUUAAGAAGUAAAACUGUCACAUUACACCCACACGCUGAAUGGUUUGAUGCCACUAAGUUGCUAAAAGAAAAGAGAGCAAAAAGAAAGUUGUAACGUAAGUUCCAAUUAUCAAAGUCACCUGAAGAUAUUCGUCAGUUCAACGAGAACUCAGAGUAUUAUAGUCACUUGCUAGUUAGAACGAGACAGAAAUUUUACACAGAUAAGAUUGAGGCAAAUUAUGGUGAUCAGAAAGUACUAUUCCGAGUGUUAGAUAAGCUUUUACACCGUGAGAAUCAACGUCAAUUUCCACCACAUGAUAAUCUUGAUGAUCUUACAAAUAUGUUUGUGGAUUUUUUUGUCCGGAAAAUUGAUACAAUUCGCUCUCAAUUACAUUUGGCUACUGUCGAUAAUCUGCUAGGAUUUGAAUCGUCCUGUGAGACCGUUGAAAAGUUGGAAUAUUUUAGUUCAGUUUCUGAGCAUCAGAUUGAAAACAUUAUUCGGUUAACUAACAACAAAUCAUGUGAACAUGAUCCAAUUCCAACUUGGCUUUUGAAGCAAUGUAUUCCUGCCUUACUCCCUAUUAUAACAAAAAUUGUUAACCUGUCGUUGCAUGAUGCAUUCAUGCCUACCCUGUUCAGACAAGCUUUUUUGACACCAAUACUGAAGAAUAUUUCUCUCAGCAGAGAUGAGGAAAACAGUCUCAGACCAAUAUCUAAUCUUUCUUAUGUCUCAAAAUUAAUUGAGAAAGUCGUGGAUACCCAAUUAACAAAUCAUAUUCAGGAACAUAACUUAGAUGAAAGCUUACAAUUGGCUUAUAAGAAACACCAUUCUACUGAAACUGCUUGGGUUCGGCUACACAAUGAUAUUUUAUCUUAG